AUGCGUGUAGAGGGGUUUUCCAAGAAAUGGAACUUUCCUAAUUGCAUCGGAGCAGUUGACGUCCUGAUAAGGCCACCACCUGAUAGCGGCUCCUUCUACUACAACUACAAAGGAAGCAACAGCAUCGUGUUAAAUGCUGUCUCCAAUGCAGACUCAAACUUCAUAUAUGUCGACGUGGGCACUAAUGGACGAGUGUCGGAUGGUGGAGUUUGGGAUACCUGUUCUCUCAACCAGCAUAUUGAAGCAGGAUCUACGGGUAUGCCAGAUGAUGAGAUACUCCCUAACAGCUCAAAAGUAUUACCAUAUGUGAUCGUUGCUGAUGAUGCAUUUCCUCUGAAGCGUCAUAUCCUGAAACCUUUCUCUCAUCGAAAUCAAAACCUUGAGCAACGUGUCUUUUCCUACCGACUGUCAAUAGCUCGACGCACCGUAGAAAACGUAUUUGGAAUACUUGCUAACAGAUUUGAAGUGUUUCAUAAAGCCAUUAACCUUGAACCAACAAAAGUAGUACAAAUAGUACUUGCUUGCACUGCACUACAUAAUUACCUUCGCACAGCACCUGUCACCCCAAAUGUGUGUUCGGAUGCAAAUAACGAAAACACUGAAGACAUCCCUGGCAUGCCACCGCUCGAGUAUGAGCAACAAACCUCCACCAUAAAUGACACAAUUGUACGCGAUCUGUAUAUGAAAUAUUUCAAUGAGGAAGGUGCUGUGAUCUGGCAAAACAGACAUACAUGA